AUGGGAUUAGAGCAAACAGGUUGUGGGUUUGAACCUGGCCACGAACAAGAUUUUUCUGGAGACUCAUUACCUAAAUAUCUCCAUGAGGAAAAGGAGGAAGGGGGGGGGGGGAGACUGGAAAGAAAUGGACUGAUUCUCAAUGUGUCCAAGACCAAGUCCAAGACCAAGUCCAAGAACAAGGAGAUGAUCAUCAGCUUCACAGGACCUUCAGGACCGCAGACCGGACUGGGAGUCCACCUGGACCGCAGACCAGACUGGGAGUCCACCUGGACCGCAGACCGGAUUGGGAGUCCACCUAGACCACAGACCAGACUGGGAGUCCACCUAGACCACAGACCAGACUGGGAGUCCACCUGGACCACAGACCAGACUGGGAGUCCACCUGGACCACAGACUGGACUGGGAGUCCACCUGGACCGCAGACCGGAUUGGGAGUCCACCUAA